GAUAGAUAGAUAGAUAGAUAGAUAGUUUAAUAAGCCCUGAGGACAUUUUUAAAUGGCCAUCUUCUGACGAUCACAAAACACUCACACAUUAAAAACAAUAAAGGACAAUGGUUUAAAAAUCAAUAGAUUGAAAAAAUAAUAAUAGAUUGAAUAGAUAAAAAUAAAUAGAUAAAAUAAUUUAAAAAUCAGUGGGUUAAAUGAAUUAAAAGAAAUUGUUUCUUGGAUGAUACGCCAGAGAGUUGCAUUGCCUGAGGAACAAAAGAUUUCUUCAACCUGUCUGUGGAGCAGCGCUGGAACAGCAGUGUAUUGCUGUAUGUACUCCUCCUGUUGGUGAAGGCCUCAUGUAGGGGAUGUGAGGGAUUCCUCAUGAUGGCCCUGAACCUGGUCAGAGUUUUCUGCUCUGGCGCCUCCUGCACAAGAGCCAACUUCAGUCCCACCACAGAGCUCGCCCUCUUAUUCAUCUCGUUGCAGAUGCUCUUCUUGCUGGCACUGCACCAGCACACAGCAGCAUAGAGGAGAGCACUCUCCACCACUGACUGAUAAACACGUGCAGCAGUUUUGUGCAGAUAUCAAAUGAGGGCAGUCACUGGAGAAAGUACAGCCUGGACUGGCCCUUUUUUGUAAAGCUGGUCCGUAUUGAUAGUCCAGUCCAGCUUGUGAUCCAACACAACCAUGUACUAUAGGUCUGCACCAUCUACACGCUUUCUCUCUCUAUGUGUAUGGGUUUGUUAGUUAGUCUAUGAUUUAGGAAACCAAGAAUGGUUGCACAGCCAUCUUGAUCAGCUUCUCUUGCAGCAGGUUAGAGGCGCAGGAGAAAUAAAAAAAAAGCAUUCACACAGUGCUACCUCCUUCAUCCAGCCAUCCAACUGUGAAUAGGUACAGUGUAGCAAGUCGUCUGCAGCCGUCCGUCUCGAGAGACGAUGGUGUAGCUCCUUGAUCUACCGACACCGCCGGGAACAGCGGUGCCUGUACCAAGUGUGCAGUCCCUGCUACAGUCCCUGUGCAGUCCCUGCUACACUUGGUACAGGUGAAGGCUGAUGGCUCUUGCAGCCGCUGCUGCCGCUGCUUCCUCCUGGUUAUUUUUUGUGCUGCAUUCUUGUUCCACUCAAGCCUGUGAGUCUGUUGUACCCUCCCUGACCGCGAGUCUCCAGAUGGGGCGAUCGUCUGCUUGACUUUCCCUUGAGUCAGGGUCGAUAAAGCACCGCCUCACAUCUAUCUUGCAGACAUCUUUGAAGCGCAGUUUUAGAUGCCCUCUUGUUCUAUGGCCUGUAACUAGCUUGCCAUAAAGGAGGUCUUUGGGGAUACGUCCAUUCUCAUGACAUGGCCAAGCCACCUCAGACAUCUCUCACUGAGUGCUGUGUGCAUGCAGUUCAUGUUGUAAAUGUAGCAAGUAGAGUCAAAUAUAGUCUGUUAUGCAUUGAGAUGCUCCCUCAACGUCCUCCUCCAUAGUGAUCAAGUAGAACUCUCCAGUGAUUUCUUCCAAAACAAUCCCUGAGCUCCCCCUCAGCAUUAGGCGUUCACCUGCUCACGCUCCGUUUUAUUGCAGGUUCUUUCCUCAUCGAAGGUGUAUAUGUGGGCUGUGAGGAGAUCAAAAUGUGAUCUCGUUUGCCGAGGGCGGGGAGGGAGUGUGGCCUUAUAGGCAUCUUUGAUGUUGGCAUUAAACAAAUCAAUAGUCCUGUCACUGUGAGUUGGGCAGUUCACGUACUGCAUUUUUACCUCCCCUACAGCCAGAAUCCGAGGUAGCUAAUACUAAUGGAUAAAAGCUCGCAGUCUCUGCAGCAAAUAGUCUUUUUAAAUUAACUCCAUAAUAUGAUCCAUAUUUUAACGGUGAAGCGUCCAGGCUUUCACCACUUUGUCGAUAUACAUUGUGAGGCCGCCUCCUUUACUUUUGUCGCACGCCCCGGUGUCUCUGUCACCGCGUGCCGAAGAGAAGGCAGGUAGCUACACAUUGAUGUCGGGUAUGUUGACUGUUGGCCUCUUAAUUUGAAAUCAAGUCUAUUUUUGAGCUCUAACCUGAAUCAUAUUAAAGGAUUGCUGCAUCUGAUGAGUCAAACUGAUCUUCUUGUCAUAAUAACAUAAAAGUGAAAAGUUAACCUUUAAAGUUAAACUUGUAUUAUUUGUCUCUUUUAUCUAGAAAUGGCAUCAACUAUCAAUCUCAUUUCUGAAGAGCAACUUCUGUGCUCCAUUUGUCACGAUGUAUUUAAGGAGCCAGUCUCAACUCGAUGUGGACACAACUACUGUAAGAGUUGCAUCACAGAGUACUGGGACAGCAGUUGUCAAAUACAGUGUCCCCUAUGCAGGACAAAGUUCCAUACCAGGCCAAAAUUCCUGGUUAACACCGAGUUCAGAGCCAUGGUGGAGCAUUUCAGCCACAUCCAAGUGAAGAGUGAGGGGGAGAUUGCUCAAGCAGGAGACGUUCCGUGUGAUGUCUGCACAGAAACCAAAAUAAAAGCUCACAAGACGUGUUUGGUGUGUUUAGCUUCAUACUGUCAGACUCACCUGGAGCCUCACCAGAGUCUGAAAAAACACAAGCUGGUCGAUCCGUUGUCAAACCUGUGUGACAGAGUGUGUAAAAAACAUGACAAGAUGCUGGAGCUCUUCUGCUGCACAGAUCAAGAGUGUGUCUGUUUGAUGUGCUGGAGAGAUGGCCACGCCAAUCAUCAUGUCAUCCUUUGUGAGAAAGCUUUCCGAGAAAAGAAAGCCCUGCUUACAAAUGCUAUCUCCGAAAUGAAGACGACGGAAAACAAAAAUGCUGGGAGUGUCAACAAACUGAAAACCUCAUUCCAACAGAGGAAGAAGGCGUCAGAGAAGGAUAUGGCAGACAUUGGAAUGUUUCUGACUGGUCUGGUGACUGAAGUGCAAGAAGGCAAGGGAAAGGUGAUUGAACUGAUUAAGCAAAAGCAGAAACGAGUGGACACAAUUGGCAAUGUAUAUUUUGCGAAGAUGGAUCAAGAAGCUGCAGAGAUGAGGAGGAAAAGAUGUGAACUGGAGCAGCUUCUGCAAACUGAAGACCAUCUCCACUUUUUAUUGAGUUACCAGCGCUAUAAUCAAACUGCAGCAAUCCAGUCCAAUUCUAUCGAGCCUUUGGACAAUAACCAGCCAGUCUAUGGAGAGAUGGUGAAAAAAUCCACUUCUCAGAUGAAGAAGACACUAAGCAAUCACAUAGAAGGGCUUCUUCAUCAACUUUUAUCUGAGGGCUGUGAUGGAGGGGCAAUGCCAAAAGUAUGGAUUCCUCCCCAGGAUGAGCUGAUGAUGAUCCAGCAGUGUAAUGCUGUGGAUCUGACUUUUAACGCCUUUGGUGGUCACAUCAGUCUCAUGGUAUCUAGGGAUGGGAAACAGCUGUCAUUGCGCAAGGACCGUUUUGUUUUGUCCACCUUAUUUGGUGAAAGAUUUGAAAAUCUGCCCAUUGCCUUUUCAACAAACUCUUUUUCCUCGGGUAGAUUUUAUUAUGAAGUUAGAGUCAAUAAGAACCAGAACUUUAUCUUGGGAGUGGCUAAAGAGUCAAUAAACAUGAAACCCAUUUCUUAUCCAACCACUGUGGAUGGAGUCUGGACUUUUCGUCUCCUAUUCGGCAACGUCUAUGAGGUUUUUGACCCGAAUGAGAUACGCCUAUUUCUAAAACAGGCACCAGAGGUGAUUGGUGUGUUUGUGGAUUAUGAGAAAGGGGAGGUCUCCUUCUAUGAUGUAGAGGCCAGGUAUUUGAUGUACUCCUACAAAGGAUGCUGCUUCACUGAGAUGGCUUCAUCCUUCAAAGCCCUCCUUUAUGCUAUGACUGGCACGUCACAGGUUAUCAGACCAAAGCUGUACCCCAUUUUUGGUUUUUCUGACGAUCUUUCAAAUCCCAGCCUCACAAUCACUCCUGUAGAGUGAAGGAGGCCAGGUCUCUUGGUCUAAAGACUAAAGUUGAUGUAUAAGUGUCAUGCAUUACUUUGCUAUGCACACUAAAGCACCUAUGAUUAAACCAAUUAUAUUGGAGCUUUUGAAGGAGAUGGUGGAACCAAAUUUAUUGCCAAUAAAAGUAGAACAAGGGAUUUCAUAAAGCAUCAGAUUCUCGUGUGAGGUCUGAGAAAUAGUUUUGUACAGGAUACUCAAGAUGCAAUGUCUCCAUUUGAUCAGUAGGUGGCUCUGUAGUGCUAUCUAAAAAAAUAGAGCAUAGACAUUUAGAUUAAAAAAAGGGAAAUAAAAAGUAAGGGACUUUGUUUCUUUUUUCGUUCAUUAUUAUUUACAUUUACAUUUUGCAAUAAAAAAAUGUUUUUUAAAUCCAAAUAUAUAACUUAUUUCUUCAAAAGUUGAACAUUUCUAUAUUGAUUAUUGCUUAACUGGCUAAAACAAUCCGCAGAAAAAGAAGUAAUAAUAGGAGGAUAAAGAAAAGUUGCCAAAGGUGAUUAGGAAAUCAAAAGUUAGGAUUAAAGAAGGAUGUUUUGUACAGUAAAACACAACUGAACACCAAUUUUCCUGAUUUGUCAGUUUCUAAACAUAUCAACUGAUCAAUGUAAAGAAGUUUAUUUGGACAGAUGUUAUUUUUAAAAACUGAUUUCUAUUGUAUUUUUGUUGUAAUAUCAUGCAGAUGUUUAUGCUUGUGUUUCAAUCUGCUUUAAAAUGCUUGCUAAAAAUAAUGUUAAUGGGUUCCACUGGGGAGCAAUCCAAGUAGGACCAAUCGUACUUAGAUAUUAGAAGGUAUUUUAUGAAAUAUAGGACAUGUUUGCUUUUUUAACCGUGCUUUCAAGCUUUUGUAGAGGCGAUUUGCAACAACAUAUAUUCUAGAGUAAUAUUUUUGGGGUCACUGGUGUUUUAUUUCUUGACACCAGGACCGUGCACAUGAUUAUAGUGGGGCAGGGGCUCAAAGUCAGAAAAGAGCUAAGAGCAUGCGCACAUUUUUCAGGGCCCUUUACACAAUGUGGACUUAAUGUAAAACAUAAAGUACUAAGAGAAAGAAAAUUACUUGGCUGUGUAUCCUGUGUAGGUAAAAGUGAUAUGCAAUUGCCAUUAUUUUAUGUCAACGAUUGUCCGCAUGUAUUCAUGUCACAAUAUCAUAGACAAACAAAGCAAUAAAACCCUGGACUCU